AUGAACAUCUGCAACAAGCCCUCCAACAAGACGGCCCCCGAGAAGAGCGUGUGGACGGCGUCUGCUCAGGCCAGCGGGCCCUCCCCGGAGCUGCAGGGCCAGCGGUCGCGCCGGAACGGGUGGAGCUGGCCUCCUCACCCACUGCAGAUCGCGGCCUGGCUGCUGUACCUCUUCUUCGCCGUGGUCGGCUUUGGGAUCCUAAUGCCGCUUCUGCCUCAUCACUGGGUGCCUGCUGGCUAUGCUUGCAUGGGUGCCAUCUUUGCCGGCCACCUUGUGGUGCACCUGACUGCUGUCUCCAUCGAUCCAGCUGAUGCCAACGUGCGGGACAAGAGCUACACAGGGCCCCUGCCCCUCUUCAACCGUAGUCAGCACGCACAUGUCAUUGAAGAUCUGCACUGCAACCUGUGUGACGUGGAUGUGAGCGCUCGCUCCAAACACUGCAGCGCCUGCAACAAGUGUGUGUGCGGCUUCGACCACCACUGCAAAUGGCUCAACAACUGCGUGGGGGAAAGAAAUUACCGGCUCUUUCUACACAGUGUAGCGUCAGCCUUGCUGGGUGUCCUGCUCCUUGUGCUGGUGGCCACGUAUGUCUUUGUUGAGUUCUUUGUCAACCCCAUGCGGCUGCGCACCAACCACCACUUUGAAGUCCUGAAGAAUCACACAGAUGUGUGGUUCGUGUUCUUGCCCGCGGCCCCCGUGGAGACCCGGGCUCCGGCCAUCCUGGCGCUGGCUGCGCUGCUCAUCCUUCUAGGCCUGCUCUCCACAGCCCUGCUGGGCCACCUGCUCUGCUUCCACGUCUAUCUCAUGUGGCACAGGCUUACCACCUAUGAGUACAUCGUGCAGCACCGCCCACCACAGGAGGCAGAGGGGGCCCACAGGAAGCUGGAGUCAUGUCCCCCCAAGAUGCAGCCCAUUCAGGACCUGGAGUUCUACCUGCGGACUUUCAGCCACGUGCGCCGGGAUGCCCCUGGCCAGGCCCGGCCUACAGCGGUGAAUGUCGGAGGCUCUCCCUCCCCGGAUCCGACCCCAGGUAGGAGGGACAGUAAGCCCCCUAUCCAGGUGGAGGGGAAAAAGAGGAAGCGGCGCGUGUAUAAAGUGCCGGCCUCCGGGACCCUGGAGUUGUCGCCGCCGCGGCUGCCCGGACCGAAAGGUGGGGCCCGAGCGAGUCGGAGCCCCAAGCUCAGGUUCCCUCCACCUCCGCAGGGUCGCGGGCUUCGGGCCGCCCCUCAAGUUCUUCGUCUGAUUCCGCGGGCGCCGCCAGUCCGGUGCCAGUCACUGGCUCUGCGCGCACCUACCGCUCCACUUCGGCCGAGUCCAUGGACGAAAUUCCAGUGGCGCAGACGCGCCUGGGCAGCGCCGCGUUGGCUGCGCCCGGGGCCAGGCUCCAAGAGCGCGGGCUGGCGCCGCAGGCGCGAGCGCCAGCGCGAAGGCCACGGGCCCUCUGGGAAGCAGACCGUCCCCGGUGGACCCCUGUACGGUGUGGGGCACACGAGGAACGGAGACGCUCAGGUGGCGGACUCCGGACUGGGAAAGGUCGUGGAAGGCUACCGCGAAGAGGCCAUUUUUGCGCCCCUGGAGAUGGGAGCUCGUUUUGAACUUUGGGCUGAACCCAGGUCAGGGGGCCACCGCAAGAUGAAGAGCACCCGAACUGCCCCGGAGCCGCAGGAUGAGGCCUCGGGAUUCGCUCCGCCCCCGCGGAACCUGGAACGGCGAGAGGGCGGGGAUUGGAGUAGCCACGAGGUAGAAGCCGACUCCAGCUGUCUCGGCGGGAGCGAGCAGGUGGCCGCAGUCCACGGGCGUGGCCGCUCCAUCCAUGGCCUGCAGACCCCUGGAACGACGGCCUGCGACCUGGCUCCACCUGAGCAGCCCCAAGAGUACCACACGGCUCCAUCUUCCCACAGACAGGAGUGA